AUGAAGACUCAGGAGGAAUACCUCAAUAUAUCUGACCUUCUCCAUAUGAAUGUAAAAGAGUUGAACGAUGAAGACGAAAUCAGAGUGCGAGACUUUUCCUAUGAAAAGUACAUAUGUUCCCUUGAAAUGGGAGAUAAAAAAUUAGAUGUAGGAAUAAAGCCAGAAAAAAGAAUUAACAUAAAGGAAUGUGAAGAUAAAAAAUACAUAACACAAGAUAUAAAUCUUCAUGAUAUGAUCAUAAUUAUGGAUAAUUUAUUGCUUCAGCAAGUUAAAUUACUUCUUGGGAAUCAUCCUUUUUUAACUGUUUUGAGUUGUUAUUUUAUUCAUAACUCGAAAGUAAUUAAUUGUGAUGAGAACCCAUACUUCUUUGAAAAAAUAUUUUACAAAUGGAUAAAAUCAUUUUGCUCAGAUAGCACAUACAUGAACAUUUUCGAGAAUGACAACAAGGAGUUUAUGAAAUUUGUGAAGGCGAAUGACCUCGAGGGAAAUGUCGAAACAUCGGCAAAGAGGCACAUCCUUGACAUGGAGAAUGGAAACAUCACUACCUCCACACAUGGAAACACUAAUGACUUGAUGGAGGAUACUUAUAUAUCACAUCAGAUUAAUACAGCAAAAGUGAGCAACCAUUGUGACAAGUUGAAUGAAAAAGAUGUGAUGUUCGAUGACGAAUUCUUAAACAAAAAUAUGUUUUCCUUCUUCCAGUUGUUUUUAAUCUUUUACUCAUCUACAUCUGAAGUGAUAGAUCAUGUCGUUACAAGUAAUAGCUUGCUGCAUAGGGACGAUUACAAGUGCGGGCUGCUAAAAAUAAAGGAUUCUCUGAUACAUCAUUGCAGGGAGAGAAGGAGAUAUGUUUUGAAGAACCUUUUUCUCGUAAAGAGAUAUUUUUUGAAAUUUCUCAAAAAAUAUGAGUUCACCCAUGUCAAAGGGAAAGAAAGGAAAAGUAUGAAUAAGGAUACGAGUCAAAGUGUAGACCAAGUUGGAGGAAAGAUUGGAGGCAAUAGUGGAAAAUUGAUCAGCUACGUUUUUAAGAGAAUCAAAUUUGUUAUAUAUUUAAACUCAAUAAUAAAUGAAGUGAUUUUCGAAAGCCGGGAGAUGAACCCUGCCUCAGUUAUAGAUAAUUGUAAGGAACUUCUCCAGUGCAUUUUGAAUAUAAAGAAAGAAGUUGAUUCAGAAUGUGUGAAGCGUGACAAAGUAAUAAUGAAGAAAUAUUUCAACAAAUAUUUGUUAAUGCACAAACUUAAUAAUGUGUCUAAACAUAUCACCAAAAUGAGUAUACAUGAAUGUUAUUCCUUUUAUCAAAAUAUAACUUUAGAUAUAGAAUACAUAGCAAAAUAUUUUCAACUGAUAAAUGCCAAAUCGAGCUUUAUUGACAUUAAGAAUAUGUUGCAUUAUAUAAAAUAUUAUUCAGCUAGCCGUAAUGUUUUAAUAAAAAGUAUUUCUAGAGUGUAUUUACAGCAGAUACUGGAGAAUGCAAAAGAGAAUUUUAUUAAUUUAGAAAAGGAGUUACUAUUUAUGGAACAAACCAAAGUUAAAUAUUUCAUUCAAAAUUAUGAAAUAAAUACGCACCAAGAUAGUUGUCAUAACAGUUGUAACGGUUCUCUACAUGGUGCACACACAACAGGUUCCUCUAAUGAAAAUGGGGGAAAAAAUGAACCUUUUGAAAAGAGAGAAAAUCCUCUAUACGAUAGCAUAAUCAGCAAUAGUGCUACAAAGGAUGAACUCAUGAAUAGUGCACUCGUGGAUGGUGAACUAUCGGAUUGCCAAUGGGGUGAUUAUGAUGAACAUCCAAACGUCGGCCAUUACUACUCUAUGUUUUUAAAUACGUACAGAAAGGAAGAGACAUGUGAAGUAGCUUCUGAUGUAGCUUCUGGUGUAGUUUCAAUUAAAAUUUUAAAUAAAGAAUUCCUUAAAAAUGUGAGGAAAAAUGUAUUUAUUACUUUCUUCCUACAUUUAUUUUUUAACGAAUCAUAUGUAAUAUUAGAAGAUGUGUACAAGGAAAAUACAACGUUUUAUGUAAAGUCUAUAAUUUUCAAUGACCUACGAUAUUUUGGAUUUUCUACCCCCUUAAUAAUUCUACUUCGAAACUUUUUCCUUAUUCCAGAUACCUUUUUUAUUGCAAUGGAGCAUAUAUAUCAUCUGGACAAAGGAUUGAAUUUCCAAAAUGAGGAAGAAUAUAAAAACAUUUUAGAAAAUACCUUUCCUCCAUGGGUUCUUAAAAAACUAGCAUGUGAAUUACGUCUAAGUUUUCCAUGUCUGAUAAAUUAUUUGGAAAAGGAAAAUUCUCUUGGGAAGCUGUUCACCGAAUUGGAGCAAUUUAUCGCCAACUGGGGGGGGAAAAAAGGGUAUGUAGAAAUUGCCCAAGGAGGAUUUCCUCUCUUAGAUAAUAGCAAUCAUUUGGAUUCUAGGAACCGUCAACGGUCUAGCAAUGGAAGUGUUGAUGUGCACGGCAGUGAGAAAGCCGGCAGUGGUGAUGAACAGAUUGAACAAAGCAGCCCUGAGUACGUAACAAAAAGACGAAUGAAUCUUCUAAUUCUGUGCAAAGUAUUUCAUCUAUUCAUUGAAUAUCUGGAGAUAGUCCUAAAAAAAAUCCUAAAAUUUUCCUUUUUAUUGGCACCGAGAGAACACUCAAAAUUAAGCACAUUCCACAUGGACAUGUGUGUGUUAUAUACUCUUAUGAAAAUUUUGACAUAUUAUUUUAGGUUAUAUAACAUGAACAAAGAAAUAGAGAGUGUAGAAAAUUAUUUCAAUUGCAUUUUGCACACAGUUCUAAUUGAUUACAACUGUUUAAGCUUGUAUACAAAUAUGCAAACGGAUCAAGAGUAUGCCUUUACGUAUUAUGCCAUGUCAUUGUGUUGUAAGGAAUUAUCAGCGAUAUUACAGAGGGGCAUAAAAUUAAGUUGUGAUAAAAAUAGGAAUAAACUAAUUUAUUCCUUAUUUUAUUAUAUUUUAUAUCUUUAUUCCGAUUUUUUGAUGAUAUAUUUUAUUUAUAUUUCUUAUACGAAUAUAAAUUCUGAAUGCUUGGAAGAGGAUUCAUUUGAUAUGAAGUACAAGGUAUGGAACUUUUGUUAUCCAGAUGUUUCAAAAAUUGACUUUUACAAUUUUCAGAAAAAUAAGGCAAUACUUAUUAAUCUUCUUCUCACGAAAAAUUUAAAAAUUAGCCUUUCCGAAAAUGGUAAAAUUAACAUAGGAGUUAAAAAAAAAAUAAAAAAUAUAUCUCAAGUAAAAGACAACUUUUUCAAUUCAAAAAAACUCAUAGAUAAAUAUUCCAAUUUGUUAAAUGAUAAAAAUUAUAUAAAUCAUAGUUUUCGUAUUUUUGGCAAAACAACUUCUGAUCUAGACAUCAACACAUAUUUAAAAAGUUGUAUAAAUGAAAUUGCUAAACUUAUAAAAGAUGCCUUUUCCUACAAGCAAGAAAACAUUGGUUUACUUUGCAUUUUCCUAAAAUCGUAUGAACAUAAUUUACUCAGAUCGUACAAGAAUAUUCCCCCCUUUUGUGUGGAAAACAUUUCCAUUUUUUUAAACCCUGAUUACCAGGUCGUCAAUGGUCACUCCUAUUUUUUAAGUGUAGAAGAAAAAAAAAAAAAAAAAAAAACCUAA